CAGCCACCCUGGAAAACAGACCUUGCGGGUUACGUCCCGGGAAACCAACAAAUUACCCCACCACCGCGAGAACGCUUCCCACAUCGUCACGGCCAAUCCCACCGAAUCCCACAACCAUUUCGCCGCCGCCGAGCAACCGCCCGCGCGCGAAAGCCACCUUCGAGAAGAAGCGAAAGGAACCAAAUCCCGGCACGACUCCUCCGCCUUUACCCCGUGACCAACCCUCCGGCCAUCACCGCCCGGAAUCUCGGUCGAAUUGGAAGGGGAUCGUGCCAGAUUUGGCGGUGAAUUGUGUUAUGCGGUGAUGGCGCGCUGCCCUGGCGCCGCGGCGGCGCACGCGCGCUGGACGGCGCGGUCUCUGGCCGGCGCAUUCCUCGACCUCGCCAUUGUCUACGCCUUCCUCUGCGCCGCGGCCGCCGCCUCCUUGGCUUCCCGCCUCCUCGCGCUGUGCGGCAUCGCGCUCCCCUGCACCUGCUCCCGCCCCCACCUUCCCUGCAUCCUCGGCUUCCUCUUCCGCUACCCCUCCAGCGUCCUCGAAUCCCUCCUCCUCUCCAUCCGCUCUCGCUUCCCCUUCGUCGUCAACUCCGACGCCGACCAGCGGGAAGAGAAGGAGCAAGGGGGAAAGGCAGUCGAUGGGGAAGAGGAAGACGCGGACCUGAGGCGGCUGGUGGACGAGGGUAGGGAUGCGCGCUCGGCGCUGCAGCAGGAGCUGGAGAAGGAACGCAGCGCCGCGGCAUCGGCCGCCGAGGAGGCCAUGGCGAUGAUCCUGCGCCUGCAGAAGGAGAAAUCUACUCUGGAGAUCGAGGCGCGGCAGCAGCGGCGCACCUCCGACGAGCGAUGCGCCUUUUACGAGGACGAGGUGGAGGAGCUCAGGGACAUCUUGCUCAUGCGGGAGCGCGAGGCCCGGUCGCUGCAGAAGGAGGUCGACUCCUACCGGCGGUUGCUUGGUCUCACCGGGGAUGAUGAGGAUGAGGAGGAGGAAGAGAUGGUGACGCCACACACUUUCUUUCUAGAGGGCGAUCCAAGCUCUUCCAAGUCGGUUGAUAAGAAUGUGGGGAGUGAUGGAAUGGUUCGACUGUGCAAUGAUCCUCUGUUCAGUUUCAAGAGGCAGUUUGUCCGUGAAGGAUUGGUGCCACCCAUCCGUGUGGGUCAUGUUAAGGAUGGGAACGGGGACAGUUUGUCUUUUCAGGCUGCCGAGCAAGUUCCUGCGGUUGGACCGAAUUCAGGGGUGGAUAGCUGUGAAGAUGAUGGCGCUGAGACGGUGGUAAUUCUCCCCCUAUCUGCCCGGAGUUUGGAUUUCCCUUUAUCUGCUCGAAGUUUGGAUCAAGUCGGUGAUGUUGAAGUUGAUGCUGCAGCUGGUAUGAAAGCUUUCGAACAGCGGACUGCCGAUCAAUUUCAGGAGGUUGACUGUGGACAUGUAGACAAGAUUAGCCAUGAUUUUGUGGCAAGUGAGAAUGAUGCAAAUAUCUUCGAUGUGCAUGUUGUUGAUGAUAUUUGCUUCUCUACUGAAGUUAAAGGCCUGAUUGGCCGAAGCUUCUCAGAUGCAACAAUGCAAGCAGACAAGUUGCAGAAUCGAGCUGCCACAGAUGAUCUCCUGGGUAAAAGUUUGAAUGCCAUUAAAGGUGCACAAGACAAGAUAAGACUUGCAGCAUGUGAAAGGAGGCAAUCAUUACAGUUGCAACUCUUAGAGGAUAUAGCGGACCAACUUCAAGAAAUCAAAGAUGCUGCAGAUGCAGGGCGACACUUGCAGUGUACUUCUCCUAAAAAUUUAAAGAAAAAUUAGAACAGGCACACUAUGUGGUACGGCAAGACCGUUCAUGUUGUGAAUAUUUGAUUUCGUUUGUAGUCACUUAGUUUUAAUGUUUGGCUGUUCUUUUAACUAAAUAUGUGGGUUCCUAGCGAUGUAAGUGUACAUAUAAGUUUAUUUGUUGUAUGUAAUCUUCUGGCUGUUUUUCACGGAUUCUAUGCUUCUUGUGCAGAUUAUUAUUUAUCUAUGAUACUUAAAACUAUGGGGUA